AACUGCUCGAAUCGAUGUAUACAUGUACACCGUAUACACAAGUGGAGUUGCUUGAAGAGGCCGAGCCAAAUGGAAUACAUGGAGGAGGUGUACUUCCGACUGCAUGUACAGAUCAUCCGCUGGGCGCAGCGCCUUCUAAGUGCUACGGUGACGCUCCACCGUCUCUUAAGCUAUCCGCGUGCAUUUAUGUUGCCCACUAACGUUAUCUGUGGUCUCUCAAUUAUGUUUCCUUCCAGAGUAGGGAACGGAUUGAGAUGCUGCUGUUCGUAGUCGCUUCGCACCUACUUCUGCUGUGUUUUAUGCUUCACUCGAGUUUUAUCAGCGACCGUGGCUCGAUUAGCUGUCUAGAGCAGUUUUUACCGCCUUCAGCAAACCAUUACAACCUCCAGGACGAGCAACUUCGUUUACUCCGAAUUCAGAUUCUACCCGACACUGAUGCGGAAAAUUGGAGCCUGUCCACAAAAUAUGUGGGGUCAUAUUCGACAUCCAACACGUCUGAAGUUGAUACCCGUUCUGGCUAUCUACUGAAUCCGGGAUUGAACUUCAUUUACGCUCCUCAAAAAAGUCUAUUGGCGCUGUUGGAACACGCUGACGCUCUCCAGACAGACGUGGAGAUGGAUACGCUGUUACUGCCUAAGACUUCGCGAUGCUUUGAGCUCAGAUGGUUCGAUCAGUUGCCAUUGUGGACAUUAAUAAGGGAUGGAGUGGUUGGAUACGAUACAAUCUUGGUGAAUCAGUUGGUUCACCAUUUUGGAGCUAGAGGGUUUCUCUAUAAAGAAAACAGCCGCGUUACCAUUGAUAUGAGCUAUGGAGUGUUCAACCCGGCGUCGUCGGCGCGAAGUUGGUUGAGGUUUGUGGCGAUGAAGUUUAAGAUCCUGCACACGAUUCUGUUCCUGUUUUUUGUUAUCACGGCGUUGGUAGCUUUUGUGCUGCUGGAGACCCAGAAGAGAAUGAUCACAUUUGCUGCGCUGUUCCACAACCGACAGCAAGUGCAGAAUUCGUUCGCCAACCUUGUGAUGACUUUUUUCGCGCAAUCGCUCGUGUUUGUUCCAGUUCUGGUAAGAAAUGGCGACCUACUUCAUCAUUUAAAAUACCACGAGCUAUUAAUGAUUUCUGAUGGUUGGUAGGUGGGAAUGGUGUUCUUCUUGUUCGAGCUGUACAAGGACCGUUUGCUGGCAUUUGGCGUCAUGACGAUCAUGUGGGUGGGCGAGUCAUUCUCCGUCAUCAGCGUGCGGACGCGACUCUCGCAAGCGUAUUUCCCGCCGCUGUUCUUUUGUCUCUUCACAUUGUUUCACAUUUAUCUCUUCUCCUUCCCGUUCGGCUUCUCGUAUGUCGCACUGGCCGCCAUGUGUGUACUUCUACUACAGCUUAUGCUCUUCUUCUGGAAUUGCUUCGAGAUUCCAGCACUGAAUCGGGGGGAAAUCUCAAGAGUGUGUCCUCGGGAGCAAUUAUUUCUUCUAUUUCCACUUUAAACGCAAGCAAAGCAGUGAAGAAGUGGAUGCUCCCAAGGUCCAAGGUCGAGACGUAUCAGGCAGUAGAAGAAAAGGGAGACAUCGGAUACAUUUAUUCUACAUUCAUCAUGUUCUAUUACGGCUGGAUACCUCGUGAUGGGGAUAAUAACUUAGACUUGGUAGUUACCCUGGUGCUAACUCUUUGCAGUUCUAGUGGCACUUUUCACCCUAUUAGCGGGGGAUGGUGAGGCCAUCCACGCCGAGAUCACCUUCUUGACUCGCCGUUGUCGCCGCUUAUCCAGAACAACAGUCUUCGUCCAAUUCCAACGAUGUACAAGUCGAGCACGACGAGCCGCCAGUUUCUGGGAUAUAUUCUGCACGACCAAAUUAAACGUUAGUAUAAAUCAACCCUUCAAGCAGAGUCCGACGCCGUAAGCUUACAUAGAUUCGUAGGAACCUCCGCUCGUCCUGCCACUUAUCGGUUUUGAACUCGAGUGAGGCUCGGGACUUCCGGUUCUCGUACAAAACUCU